CGGCGCAUGCGUAGUAUGUGUGGCUUGGGGAAUUCAUGUGGAGGUCAGAGUGGAAGCAGGUGUGAGUGGGUCCGGCAGAAGGAGACAUGGCUGCCAAAGUGUUUGAGUCCAUUGGCAAGUUCGGCCUGGCCUUAGCUGUUGCAGGAGGAGUGGUGAACUCUGCCUUGUAUAACGUGGAUGCUGGGCACAGAGCUGUCAUCUUUGACCGGUUCCGUGGUGUACAGGACAUUGUGGUAGGAGAAGGGACUCACUUUCUCAUCCCUUGGGUACAGAAACCCAUUAUCUUUGAUUGCCGCUCUCGACCACGUAAUGUGCCAGUGAUCACUGGUAGCAAAGAUUUACAGAACGUCAACAUUACCCUGCGCAUCCUUUUCCGGCCCGUUGCCAGCCAGCUUCCCCGCAUCUUCACCAGCAUCGGGGAGGACUAUGAUGAGCGGGUGCUACCAUCCAUCACUACAGAGAUCCUCAAGUCGGUGGUGGCUCGCUUUGACGCUGGAGAACUGAUCACCCAGAGAGAGCUGGUCUCCAGACAGGUGAGCGAUGACCUUACAGAGCGAGCAGCGACCUUUGGGCUCAUCCUGGAUGACGUGUCCUUGACACAUCUGACCUUCGGGAAGGAGUUCACAGAAGCGGUAGAAGCCAAACAGGUGGCUCAGCAGGAAGCAGAGAGGGCCAGAUUUGUGGUGGAAAAGGCUGAGCAGCAGAAGAAGGCGGCCAUCAUCUCUGCCGAGGGCGACUCCAAGGCCGCCGAGCUGAUUGCCAACUCGCUCGCCACCGCGGGCGAUGGCCUCAUCGAGCUGCGCAAGCUGGAGGCCGCAGAGGACAUCGCGUACCAGCUGUCGCGCUCUCGGAACAUCACGUACCUGCCGGCUGGGCAGUCCGUGCUCCUGCAGCUGCCACAGUGAGACCCGGCCACCGGGCCCUGGCCCUGACCACUCUUCGCGCCACCGCCCUUCUGCCCCCGCCCCAGAAAUCACUGUGAAAUUUCACGAUUGGCUUAAAGUGAAGGAAAUAAAAGUGAAAUCACUUCAGAUCUCU